CAGCGGUCGUUUGCCAUCUGCACAGUGCGACCCGAUUUGAGUUUGCUCCGUGUAAUGGUGUUAGGCCAUUGAACAGUGGAGACCUUGAUAGCCUCAUCUGUCUCUGAGUUGAGGCGAUAAAUAGAAGUACUGUCUCGAACUGUUUCGAUGAUAUAUACAGGUUCCUUAUUCUCGCGGUCGCGAACGACCACGUCCAGGAACGAUGGUGCAGUCAGCUUCAAGCUGAGGAGUGGAACGGGUCGACUUGAUUGCGAUGCGAGAGCACUGGGAGGAACGCUAGAGAUACGAGAAGAGGAUUGUUUGCUAGAAUUGGAACUUGUAUCGAGCUUAAGCAAGGACGGAAACACAGACGAGGAACUGGAAGGUCUUGGUUGGGAUCGAGAGCUGCUCGCUUCACCAAUGUCAUCCACAUUCGCGACAGACUUGCUCCUGGAAAGAAAGGGGGCAAGGGACGCCUUCACCAUGGUGGAAGAAGGGAAGGACAAGGUCUCCCUCGCGGUGGAUGGAUUUCAGGCGUGUAUGAGGAUGCUGCUUAUCUUCUCUUCAAAAUCAGCUUUCGAGCUGGCGUAGUGGUACUGAUCUGACGGUCUUCCCCUGAGUUCUGGGCUCUGUAACUAUCCAAUGUAGCUAUCUCGUAAAGGAAAUCGUGGUUCCUCGGAAACAGCGCCCACGUAGACGCAUGACUGGGCAACCAAGCCAUGUUAUCUCGGUCGUUGAAAUCUAGCUGCAUUCAUGAACAGCGUGUAUUUGAGUACCAGCACCUGUAGCAAUUGUUCACGUAAUGACCUCCGAGCACUUUCAAGCAAUUCGGAGACAAUAAACGUCCGCCCACAAACGUGGGAAUAUUAGAUCUCGGCAAGUGCCGUGCAUCUAAACAUGGCCAAGCAAGCGAGUCGCGACGCGUUCAUCUCUCUCUCCUUCACCCACGGCCCUUUCAGUCAUCACUCUCCUGUAUUCCCCGCUGUUUGUACUUUAAUCACCAUGUCGACCAACGCAACCUCGACCGGCAGCGCGACCAACAAAAAUGGCGUGACCCAUGAACCUACCAACGCAUCCCCUUCCAACAAGGGCAAAGGAAAGGAUGUACAAGAAGAGGUAGCUGAGGAAGAGGAAGAGGAGGAAGAGGAAGAAGAGGAGGAGGAAGAGGAGGAGGAGGAGGAAGAGGAAGAAGGAGAAGAGGAGGAGGAUGAGGAGAUGGAGGAAGAUAGCCUGGAGGAGAUUGACCCUUCUGCCAUUCGAUCCCGCCGCACUCGCGGGGUCCGCGUCGACUACACCUCCGCCGAGGCAUUGGCCAAGGCCGGCUUGAAGCCUGGUGAGGGAGAGGGCGAGGACGAGGAGAUGCAUUGAAGAAAUGGAGAAGAUCCAUCUAGCAGAAGCUGCCCUUUGUGCACAGCUAAAAGUUCUUGUUGCGUUUUCGUGAUUUCCAUGUUGCAGUAUAGUAUUCACCGCUGUAUUAUUCUCUCAGCUAUUGUCUGUUUCAGUAUUAUCGCUUCUGCGGGCUUGUAUGCGGCGAAAUGUAUCCCUUGGUCACUGUUCACGCGUGUUCAUUCCGAGAUUCGACAAUACAAAUCAGCCUGCGUAUUCUAGUCGUCUACAGCCAAUUCAAGCUGUACCCUCAAUAUACCGGUAGUCGUUCAUAAUUUCUCAACCCGGUGAAAACCAUUUCAGGAAGCUGUUUCAAACGCAGUAUUUUAUUCCCACGCU